AUGUUUACUAUUUCACGAAACGAGCUAAAAUUAAUUACUACAUUUCACCUGUCUUAUAUACCCAAAAGGUUUCUCUAUUCCUAUCAUGGAUUCAGCAAGAACAGUUACUUCAAGAAGGCGAGCGAGCUCAGCACGCUGUGCGGCGCCGAGUGCGCCAUCGUGGUCUUCUCCCCGGGCAACAAGCCCCACUGCUUCGGCCACCCCAGCGUCCAAGCUGUCACCAACAGGUUCCUCCAAGCUAGCGGCGGAUUGCCUCCGCCGCCAGCUGGAGUCAGUGCAGCGGAGAGGAUGAUCAGGGCCCACAGCGAAGCGGUCAUGUACGAGCAGAACCAGCAUCUGGUGAACACGGAGGCGGAGGUGGAGCGGAUGAAGCAGCGGAGGAGGGAGAUCGACGGCCUAGUCCCGAUGCAGAUGGGCGACCUCAACUUGGAGCAGCUCGGCCUGCUGUGGAAUACGGCGUUGAUGAUCAACGGCGAGUUCGAAGCCGCCAAGCAGAUGAGUGGCGCUUCUUCGUCGGCGCCGCCGAUUGGGGGAUAA